AUGGUGCCUCCCCCACCCAUUAACAAGCCCCACGUCUGCCUCUCCACCACCCUCAUCAUGAGCAGCAUGGUUCUGAUGGACGCCUACCUGGUGGAGCAGAACCAGGGCUCCCGGAAACUGGGCAUUUGCAUCAUGGUCUCCGUCGGGGACAUCUGUUUCCUGGUUGUGCUCCGGUAUGUGGCCGUCUGGGUCGGGGCCGAGGUGAGGACCGCCAAGCGGGGCUAUGCCAUGAUCCUCUGGUUCCUGUACGUCUUCGUGCUGGAGAUCAAGGUCUACUUCAUCUACCAGAACUACAAGGCGGACCGCAAAAGCUUGGACCUCAUGGCGCGCAAGGCUCUGACCCUCCUGCUCUCCAUCUGCAUCCCGGCCCUGUACGUGCUGCUGGUGGCCACAGAGCACAUGGAAUACGUCAGGACGUUCAAGAAGAAGGAGGACCUCCGCAACCGGCUCUUCUGGGUCAUUGUGGACAUGUUGGACGUGCUCGACAUCCAGGCCAACCUUUGGGAGCCCCAGAAGAAAGGGCUGCCCAUCUGGGCCGAAGGCCUGAUGUUCUUCUACUGCUACAUCCUGCUGCUGGUCCUGCCUUGCGUCUCGCUGUGCGAAAUCAGCAUGCAAGGGAUCAGCAUCGUGCCUCACCGCAUGAUGCUCUACCCAAUGCUGAGCAUGCUCACCAUCAACAUCGCCACCAUCUUCAUCAGGGGGAGCAACAUGGUGUUUUUCAGGGACAUCCGGGUCUCGGGCAUCUUCAUGGGGAAGAAUGUGCUGGCCAUCGCCCUCAAGGUCUGCAUGUUCGCACAAUACAGGAAGCACCUGCGCCACGCGCCGGCGGGAUCUGGCGCCGCGGCAGCAGACCCCCAGCACCACGCCGCUGCCCAGGCGCAGCCUGCCAUACACCCGCUGAAACCCCAAAACCAGACUCGCUGUCCCGAAGGGCUGGCCCAGGAGAACACAUGACAUGCUGGGCGUCCUUCCCACACCAGGCGGCAAGGAGCACCUGUCUGUGGUCACUAGGGUCAACUGCAAAGAUGAACCACGCCGGCUGGGCCCUGCAUAGCCAGUGCUGGUCCCUCCAGAAAGUCUGCAAGAGACCCGUUCCCUCCCUUGCUGGCCGUGUCCUGGAAUUGCCCUGGGCCCGAGGUGGGGUCACUUCUAGAGUGGCGCAGAACGGAUCCCAACCCUGACUCCAAGGUGCAAGCUAGCAGGCCGCAGAGACUGGAGAGUGGCGGCUUUGGGGAUGAUAAGAUCUGCUUAAUGGAUAGCGGGCAGCAGCAAGCAAUUCGACUCCCUCCUUGGGCUUUUGUGUGCUCAUUCAUAUCCGUCACCCAAGUUGCUUUGGAACGUAAGCCAGUUGGAUUGCCUGGGGGCAGACCUCGAGAAAACUGGUAAAACGCCCUUUCUGCAUCUGUUUGACAUACAUUUUUACAAAGCUGGUGACCUUCCUUUCUGGGAUGGGCAAAAGGCACUUGGUCCUACUGCCUGCCUGCUCACAUGCCUUGGGAGUGCCUGAGGGGAGAGGACAUUUUGGGGCAGCCUUUCCCCAAACUGAAUCCUUCCGGAUGUUUUGGGCCACGACUCCCGUCAGCCUCAGUCACCGCAGCUCACGGGAAUUGUAGUCCAAAACAUCUGGAGAGGCAAACAGGUUGAGGAAGUCUAGCAUAGGGUUUCCAUCUACAAUUGUCUUCCCCCAGUGGGAACAUGCUGGAUCAUGUCCAUUUAUUUUCUUUCUUUCCCCACAUGAAAAUGUUUUCAAUAAAACAAAAGGCCA